UAAUUUGGGGUGAAUGACUAUAUUUUAGUAAAAAAAUGCAUAGAAUCUUUGUUUCACUUUGACAUUAUGGAGUAUUCUGUGUAGAUCAAUGACAAAAAAAAUACAAUUAAAUCAGUUUCAAUCCCACUGAUUAGCGCAACAAAAUGUGGGAAAAAAGAGUUCAAGGGUCUAGAUACUUUCUAGAGGAACUAUCUUCUCUAAGAAACUGCCAUUUAAAAAAAACUUGCCGUCAUAUUUCUGUCAUGCUCAUUUGUUGACAACUCCACCCCCUCUCCCCCUCCCUGUGCCCAGGGUAUUCAGCCAAUCAGUAGCCAUCACGUUUCUGGACCAACAUGAGAAGAUCUCAUAGAGACAAAGAGAUGGGGAGCAACUGCUCCAAAAGGAGGAGAGAAGAGGGAGACACUGAAGGAAGGAGAGAAGAGGGAGACACUGAAGGAAGGAGAGAAGAGGGGGACACUGAAGGAAGGCGAGAGGAGGGGGACACUGAAGGAAGGCGAGAGGAGGGGGACACUGAAGGGAGGCGAGAGGAAGGAGACACUGAAGGAAGGAGAGAAGAGGGGGACACUAAAGGAAGGCGAGAGGAGGGGGACACUGAAUGGAGGCGAGAAGAGAGGGACAGCAAAUGGAGGACAGAAGAGGAGGACAGUAAAGGGAGGAGAGAAGAGGGAGACACUGAAGGGAGGAGAGAAGACCGUGACAAUGUCAACAGUGAAGCAACGUCCUUUGACCAAAUACCCCCCCACUCUCUUGAUUCGCUUCAGACAGAGAAGAGACGUGAAGAAAGAGAUGCUACAUUUGUGGAUGAUAACAGGGCGGACCUCAUUCAGAGGGUUACCACGGUGAUGCCCAUAGCAGAUAAACUGUUCCAGUGGCGUAUGAUCCACAAAGAGGCGUACAAUAAGAUCCAUGCUGCCCGGACCAGACAGGAUCAGAUAAGGGAGCUGUACGAGGUCUUAAACACAGAAAGAGUCAAAUCAGCCUUCUAUAGGCUCCUUCAAGAGGAAGAGCCUCAUUUGGUCCAGGAGCCAGGUGGGCCUGUCUAUAUGGAGGUGGAUUGCUAUGGACAGACUAUGUGCAUUGGGCAGAGCAGCGUGGAUGACAACACAAAAAGAAUUAAGGACGAAUUUAAAGACAGUCUGGAGAAGAAGUUUGGAUUUGUGUUUGAAGGCACCGCAGUGGAACAAACUCCCCUCAACAGCAUCUACACACAGCUCUACAUCACACAAGGACAGAGUGAAGGGGUUAAUAACGAACAUGAGAUCCGGCAGAUUGAAUAUACACGCAGGACAAAAAGAUCUACAGACACUCCAAUCAACUGCAAUGACAUCUUCAAAGCCUUAUCUGGAGAAGACAGAGAAAAGGAGAGACCCAUCAGAACUGUGCUGAUGAAGGGCAUCGCUGGCAUUGGAAAAACAGUCUCUGUGCAGAAGUUCAUCCUCGACUGGGCUAAAAGAAAAGCUAAUCAGGAUGUUGAUUUCAUCUUUGUGCUUCCACUCCGAGAGCUGAAUCUGAUUCAAGAUGACCAGUACAGUCUUCAUGGGCUUUUGCGUUACUUCCACCCUGAACUUACAGAGAUAGAAGAGGCAAAGAUAUAUGAUACCUGCAAAGUCAUGUUUAUCUUUGAUGGUCUGGAUGAAAGCAGACUGCCAUUAGGUUUUCAUCAGAACAAGAAGUUGACUGAUCUAACUGAGACAUCAUCAGUUGACAGGUUGAUGACAAACCUCAUUGAGGGGAAUCUACUCCCUGAAGCUCUCCUCUGGAUAACCUCCCGACCAGCAGCAGCCAAUCAGGUCCCCUGUAAGUACAUCGACAAGGUGACAGAAGUACGAGGGUUCAACGACAAACAGAAAGAAGAAUACUUUAAGAAGAAUGUUGAGGAUGAGAACCGGGCCAGGAGAAUCAUCUCACACAUUAAUACAUCAAGGAGCCUCCACAUCAUGUGCCACAUACCCGUCUUCUGUUGGAUUACUGCCAGGGUUCUUGAGCAAAUGUUGAGUGAAGAUGAGAGUGGAGAGAUCACAACUUUGACUGAGAUGUACAAUCACUUCCUGCUCAUUCAGACAAACCUGAAAAGCAAGAAGUAUGAUAGGGAAAAGGAGACAGAUCUGGACAUAAUCAUAGAAAGAAACAAAGAAAUAAUUCUCAAACUGGCACAACUUGCAUUUGAACAGCUGGUGAAGGGCAAUCUCAUAUUCUCUAAGAAAGACCUGGAGGAGUGUGGCAUUGAUGUCAGUGAAGCCUCAGUGUACUCUGGGUUUUGCACAGAAAUCCUGAAAGAAGAGUAUGGGCUGUAUCGGAAGAAAGUGUACUGCUUUGUCCACCUGAGCUUCCAGGAGUUCCUUGCUGCUCUGUACGUGUUCCACUGCUGUGCGAGCAAGAACAUCAAGCCCCUGGAGCCUUUUGUUGGGGAUGUGUCAUCAGAGCUGUCCUUGCAUGUGCUGCUGAAGAUGAUGGUGGAUAAAGCCUUGGAGAGUGAGAAUGGACACCUGGACCUGUUCCUCCGCUUCCUUGUUGGCAUCUCAACAGAAUCCAACCAGAGACUGUUACAUGACCUACUACCACAAACAGAGAUCAGCUCAGAGACUGUCAAGGAAAUUAAGAAAUACCUCAGGGAGCCGAACGUAGAGCAAGUCUCACCUGAUAGGUACAUCAAUCUACUCAUAUGCUUGACUGAGAUGAAAGAUGAUUCAGUACAUGAGGACAUUGACAAGUUCCUGAAGUCAGGAAAUCCAACAGGAAAGGAACUUGCAGGUGCACACUUCUCAUCACUGGCCAACGCUCUGCUGAUGUCAAAGGGUGUGCUGGAUGAGAUUGACCUGAGGACAUACAACUUGUCCCCUGGGUGUACGAGACUGGUCCCAGCUGUAAGGAAAUGGAGAAAGGCCAUACUGAUUGGCUUUGAACUCUCUAUGGAGGACUACGAAUCACUGGCCUCCAUUCUCCAAUCAGCAGACUCACAUCUAAGAGAGCUGCACCUGGACGACAUCGGGGAGCGUGAUCCUGAAGGUGACGAUGAUCCUGAUGGUGACGAUGAGGCCAGACUGACUGUUCUCGUUGCUGCGCUGACUGUUGUCCUCGCUGCACUGAAACAUCCACACUGUAAACUGGAGACACUGAGACUGGGUGGCUAUAAACUCUCUGAAGAGCACUGUGGGUUACUGCCUUCUGCUCUCCAAUCAGCAGACUCACAUCUGAGAGAACUGGACCUGAGAGACACUAAGCUGUCUGAUGGUGGUGGGAGGGAACUCUUUACUUCUCUGAAACAUCAGAACUGUAAACUGCACAAACUGCGACUGUCUAGCUUUAGACUCUCUGAAGAGGACUGGGGAUCACUGGCCUCCGUUCUCCAAUCAGCAGACUCACCUCUGAGAGAACUGGACCUGGACCUGAGGAACAGUGGACUGUCUGACGGUGGUGGGAGGGAACUCUUCACUGCUCUGAACCAUCCACACUGUAAACUACAGACACUGAGGCUGAAUGGAUGUUCCCUGACAGAGAAAGGGUGUGAAGCAUUGGCUUCAUCUCUCAGCUCAAACUCCUCUCACCUGAGAGAACUGGAUCUGAGUCACAAUGACCUGCAGGAUUCAGGAGUGAAGGUGCUCUCUGAUGGACUGGGGAAUCCACACUGUCAACUACAGAAACUGAAGCUGUCAUUCUGUAGAGUCGCAGAGAAAGGCUGUGCUUCUCUGGCUUCAGCUCUGGGGUCAAACCCCUCCCAUCUGAGAGAACUGGACCUGAGCUUCAAUCACCCAGGAGACUCUGGAGUGAAGCUGCUCUCUGCUAGACUAGAGGAUCCACACUGUAGACUGGAGAAACUCAAUGUGGACCAUACAGAAGAGAUCUGGGUUAAACCACAGCUGAUGACGAAAUAUGCCUGUGAUCUCACACUGGACCCCAACACAGCACACAGAAACCUCUCUCUGUCUGAGGGGAACAGAAGGGUGGAGAGGGUUAAAGAGGAGCAGCCGUAUCCUGAUCAUCCAGAGAGAUUUGAUCACUAUACCCAGGUGUUGUGUAGAGAGGGUCUGACUGGGCGCUGUUACUGGGAGGUAGAGUGCAGUGGGCUGGCUGACAUUGGAGUGACAUAUAAAGGCAUCAGUAGAAAAGGAGAUGGUUCUGCCAGUGAAUUUGGAUACAAUAAGAAGUCCUGGCGUCUGAUCUGCCGUGGGAAUCAUUAUGGUGCCCUCCACAAUAGUCAAUAUACUACAAUACAUGCUCCACACCUCAUCAACCCUCCUCAACCCCAGAGAGACCAGUCCUCCUCCCCUCCACGCCUCAUCAACCCUCCUCAACCCCAGAGAGACCGGUCCUCCUCCCCUCCACGCCUCAUCAACCCUCCUCAACCCCAGAGAGACCAGUCCUCCUCCCCUCCACGCCUCAUCAACCCUCCUCAACUCCAGAGAGACCAGUCCUCCUCCCCUCCACGCCUCGGAGUAGGAGUGUUUCUGGACUGGCCGGUCGGCACACUUUCCUUCUAUGAGAUCUACUCUGACACAAUGACCCAUGUGUACACAUUCCAGACCAUAUUCACUGAGCCCCUCUACCCAUGGUUUAGUGUUUCUAAUGAGGGCUCUUCAGUGUCCCUGAGCCAGGUAGAGUAGUCUCCUAUGUCCUGGAGGAACACCUGGGUCUCCAUGGAAACACAGUCACACUCCUGUUCUAACCCAACCAUGUGACAUGAUGGGGUGUUGUUGACUGUGAUCAUGCCUUCAGAUAUGGACAUUGUAACAGAUACAUUUUGUUGACUGUGAUCAUGACUACAGAUAUGGACAUUGUAACAGAUACAUGUUGUUGACUGUGA